GCAUGGCGGGCCGCUCGAGCCUGGAAGACCUGGAUCUGACGGGGGACGAGGUGGAGCGCCUGACCAAGGCCUUCCAGGACGAGGGCUUCCGCAAGCUGUUCGCCGACUACGCGGCCGAGCUGAGCGACCCGGCGCAGCGGGCCGUGUACGAGGCGGAGGUGUCGGCCCUGGAGCGGCAGCGGGGCGUCGAGGCGCGCUUCCUGCACCCGGAGCCCGGAUGGGUGCUGCGGACCAGCCAGGCCGGCUCCCGCCGCUGCUACGUCAACGUGUGCGGCAACGGGCUGGUGGCGAGGCCCGAGUCGCGGCCGGAGCCCGGAGGGAGCCGCUGGUCGCUGCCGCACUGCCUGGCGCCGGCCCGGGAGGAGCUGGGCAGCCGGCGGCCCGGGGAGCCUCGAGGGCCGCCGCGCCUGGUCUACGACGUGCUCUUCCACCCGGACGCGCUCCGCCUGGCCGCCCGCUCGGCCCGCUUCCGCCGCCUGGUGAGCGACACGGCCCUGGAGGCGGUGGAGAGCCACUUCUCGCCCGGCCUGGACCGCGCCAACGCCGUGCCGCUGCGGGGCACCAAGUACAAGGGAGUCCCGCAGGCCACGCUGCUCCGGACGCCGCUGCCUGGGGGCGCCCCUGCCACGGGCACCGGAGAGGACGAGGAAGAGAGCUGCUGCUCGUCGUCGCCGCUGCCGCCGUUCCCCACGCCGUACGCCUACCCGCCUCGCCCAGCCCAGCCCCCGCCGCGGCCGACGCCCGAGCCGGCCCCGGCGGCCACCACGCCGCGCUGGACCCUCCGGCAGCGCUCGUACGUGGACCUGCAGGACUACCGCUGCAGCCGCGACUCGGCGCCCAGCCCGGUCCCUCGCGAGCUGGUGGUGACGGUGGAGCUGCCCUGCCUCAGCUCGGCCGCCCAGGCGCAACUCGAGGUCCGCGGGAGGGAGCUGCAGCUCGAGUCGCGGCGCCCCGCCGCCGCCUACAGCCUGCGCGUGCCGCUGCCCUACGCCGUGGACGAGGCCGCCGGCAAGGCCACCUUCAACAAGGCCAAGAGGCAGCUGGUGGUCGUGCUGCCCGUCCUCCUGCCGCCGGCCGAGACCGAGGAGAAGGGGAGCCCCGGCUGCAGCGAGCAAGGCCGGCAGGAGGAAGAAGAAGAAAGGGAGGAAGAGGAGGAGGAACCGCCGCCACCGCUUUCGGAAACCGGCGGCUCGGCUGCCCCCGGAGAACCGCAGCUGGGCUGCGCCCCGAUCCGGGCGGCGAACAACGCGGAGCAAGCGCCCCUUGCCGCCCACGUGGAGGCGAGGCCGGGGUGCGCUGCGGAAAGCGGUCCGGCCGCUCCCGAGCCCGGCUCCUCCACGUGUCCGGGUAAUAACCAUUCCGACGGUCCUCGGAGCCCAGGUGCCAGCAGCCCGGAGGCUCCCGCGGAAAGCGACCGGGCGGCUUCCGCGCGCGGCGAGGACACGCGUCCGACGGUCCCGACGUGCGCCGGCACUGACGGCAGCAGCAGCGGCGCCCCGGUUUUGCCUGCUGCGCGGCGUGAAGAUCCGUGCGUGGACAGCACCGUGGAGCUACCCGGACCUGUUGCGGGAGUAAGUCAGGGGCAUCUCUGCACCGACAUGGAUCUGAACGAAAGCACCCAUGUCAUCAGCGAUGUGGUGCCCUCGCCAUACCCCGGUGGCAUCGUGGCUCCUCCACGUGUGUCCCGCUGUGACAGCCUGGACCAAUCUGUGGCAACCCUGUCGGGUCUGGACUGCUCUAAUGUAGAUGAGGAUCGGAUGUCCUCGACAAGGAGCGAGCUUCCUGUGCCACCAGCGUGCCCCAGUACAACUAGCAACGUGCAGAUUUCUGUGCCUGCCUCUCCUUGUCCUGUAAACAUAACCUCUGGUUCUCCUCUGCUGCCCACGGAGGGCCCCACCGUUGAUCCAGAUUCUGCCAAAAGCCCUACUAGCUGCCUUGACUCUCCAGUGCCCCCUGCAAGCACAGCCACCCGGUGUCCCCCUUUCCAAUGCACUCAGGAUGAAAACUCUCUGAGGCUGAUCUUGCAGGUGCCAGGCAUUGUUCCCCAGAGCCUCAGGGGGGAAGUAGGAACAAAUUGCUACAGAGUUAGUUUUGCCAGCAAAGACUUUGCUUCUUAUACACUCCUCUUGCAGUUUCCUCCGGAAAAUAGACUGAGUCCCCCUGAGUUUGGACUUGAUGUGUCCCUCGAUAAUGCUGUUAUUGCCCUCACCAAGUCUCUCGAGACCACUGGACUUUGGAGAAAGAUGUAUUUCGGCCCAAAUGAUGAUUCCUUGCAGGAAAGGUGGUUUGUCACUGAAGACAAUGUGGAUGAGUUUCUGGACAGUCUUUCGGGGAUGUCCCGUUCCAGCCCGUCUGAGAUGGAACAUCAGCCAUUAAUUGAAGUGUUGGAUGUCUCAGAGGGCAAAAGUCAGAUCAGAUUAAAGCCGCUGGAGCAGAACGGCUUUGAGCUUGGUAAAAUGCAAGAAAAAGCUACUCCCAAGGGAGAGGAUGGUGAACAAGAAAAUGGCAGUGAACUCUCAGCAGAUGCAGAAAGCUGCCCGGCACAAACAGCUCCGCUCACAUCCAUGGAAACAAUGGGCCAAGUUGGCGGGGGACCAGGCCAUUGUUUGGAGCUUGACCCCAGCAACCCCAGCUUGGCAAGUCCUGGGAAACAGCAGAUAAGGGAGUGUCGUGAGUCAAAAUGUGCUUUUGCAAGGGAGGAGGAAAGAGCCACAUCCACACCACAAGCCCAGUUUAACUGGGAGGAGCCUGGCCAAACCAGAGGCGGGGAGGGUGUGCAUCCAGAGUCAGCACAGAACAAGCAAGGCCAGGGCGGCAGCAGCAGCAGCAGGCCAGCUCCUCCUGUGCUAAAGGAAACAGACAUGCGGGAUGGAAGUGUGCAGUACAUUACCAGCCACACAACGCACUGUGCAGUCGCCUUUCAGAAUGCUUUGUUGUAUGAACUGGAUUAAUGUGCUGAGCUCCCAGCUGGCUCUGCAGCGAGAAAAACCUCAAGUUUUACAUUUUGCAUUUCCUCCAAAGAGCACAGGAAAGGGACAGUGCACAACCCCAAGCACAAGUCUUUCAGUAACAAGGCACCGGUCCCAUCUGCUCAAAAACGUUGCCUUCCAUUUGGGAGAUUUGAAAGGAUUGGACUCCAGGAAGGGGUUACCAACACAGUGCUCUCCAGAUCAACUUCCAUCAGUCCCAGCCAAAGGUCAGGACUGAGGGAAGUGGCAGUGCAGCAACAUCUGGAGAGCAGUGCGUUGGCAGCCCUGGGUUUAGACGAGCAUUCAGCUUGUUGCUGAAUUUCAGAAAGAAACUGGCAGUUCAUUGCUGCGAGUUGUCAGGGGAACAUACAGGUCAUGGUCAGGCUACAUCUAGGUUUGUUAAACUGAAAUAGGAACAUAUCUUUUUCCUGUGCACACAACCAGGAUUAAACCAGGAAGUCUCUAAUCAAUUUCCCAUUUCUUCUGAACUGGGAGACUAUAAUUACUAGCUUUGGAAUGAGGAUCUUAAAGCAGACUUUGAAGUUCCGUUUAGGAUGCUGGCUUGUCCUGAAGCUGGUGACUGAAACAGGGAGACUUCUUGGUUGUGACGU